CGGGGCAGGGCCGGGCCGGGCCGGGCAGUCCCGGUGCCGCCCCCGUACCCUCCGAACCCUCCGCCAUGGCGGAGUCCGGGCGGUCGCAGCGAAAGCUGUCCCGGGUCGGGGAGAGCCUGUACCGCGUCCUGGGCCUGCAGAAGGGCAGCUCCCCCGAGGAGAUCAAGAAGGCCUACCGGAAACUGGCUCUCAAGUACCACCCGGACAAGAACCCUGAUGACCCAGCGGCAGCCGAGCGCUUCAAGGAGAUCAACAGCGCCCACGCCACGCUGAGUGACCCGGACAAACGCCAGCUCUACGACCAGUACGGCUCGCUGGGCCUCUACGUGGCUGAGCAGUUUGGCAACGAUGCUGUCAAACAUUACUUUCUUAUGUCCAAGUGGUGGUUCCAGGCCCUGGUGCUGUGCUGCGGUGCUCUCACCUGCUGCUGCUGCUGCUGCUGCUGCUUCUUCUGCUGCGGGACCUGCUGCCCACCUAAGGAGGAUGAGUCCUACAAGUACGUCGACCCCAAGGACCUGGAGGCACAGAUGCGUGCAGAGGACGCUGAUCCACAGGUCCCCAUUGUGGCACAGCCCCUCCCUGCUGGCCCAGAGCCCUUGCCGGCUGCCAGCACCAGGACUGAUGCCUGAGGCGGGCCUCAGCCCCACUGUCUCCUCCAGGACGCCAGGCACGGAUCCUCCUUCAGGACUGUCACUUUCCGGGACCCCAGUCACACCACCUGGGGUGGCUCUUCAGCCUCGGGGUGGUUGAAAUCUCAGGGUAAUUUGGACAGCAUCAAUGCAGUGGCUUCUCUGCCCCUGCACGAGCUCCAGGGUGAUGUCCCUGGCUCCCAGCACUGGUGGUGGAGGCAGCUGGAGUCCACAGCGCUGCUCCCACCCCCAGUGCCUCGCCUGUUGCUCUGCCAGGCACUGGCAGCCACCCCAGCACUCGCGAGCGGAGCCCUCUCCAUGCCGGGCUCUGUCGCUUGCCAGGAGGUAGCCGAGACCGUUAGCACUGUAACCUCGGGGCUGGGCUGGGCUGAGCCCCCUGCCCGCCCUCACGGGGACCCUCCUGAUGGGUGAUGGGUGCCAAACGCUGCUCAUAGGGUUGGGGUGUCCCCCCUUCCCCUCUGCUGUGCCACAGCCCUGGGGCGCUGGCCAUGCCCCAUGCUGCUGGCAGGCUCCCUGCAGGGCUGGCCCCCCUGGGACAGGCACUUUCCUUGGGUUUGUACAGGUUUUAUGGGCACCAUUAAAGGUUGUCAGGAGGGG